ACUCCGGGACAGCCGCCGGGGGUCGCUCGCCUCGCCACCCAGGCCGGCCCGGUGAAAGCGAGGCUGCCGAGACUCUCCAGUGGUAGCCGCCAGUCGCCGCCGAGUCAUUCGCCGUCGGACAGUCGGGCCGCACGCAGCGCAGAGCGAGCGGGCAGUGUCGUGACGGAGGACAGUGUGGCAGACACGCGAGACCGAUCUAGCGCGAGACUCCUGAUCGCAGUGGCGCACGUCGCCACUAGAAACGCAGCUGGGAUGGCGGAGCGGCGAGGAUGCCGGUACCUGGCGCCGCUGCUGCUGCUGGCCGCCGUGUCAACGGUGACUGCCAUCGACCUGGUGGACGUCGGAGAAGCUGGCAGAGUCGUCAUCGACUCGGGCAAGUCUGUGCGGCUGCACAAGCGGCAGGCGGUGCGCACCGGGCCGCUCCGGCCGGCCGUCGAGAUCCCGCCGAUCCCGGCCGGGCCGCGGUUCACCAUGCCGCACAUCUCGUUCCGCGAGCUCUCCCGGGACGUGGCCGACGCCGUGGCCGCCGUCGACCAGCGCUUCGACGUCAUCGAGCCGGCCAUCUACAACAGCGGAUCGCGGCUGGUGCCCGGAACGCCCGCCUGGUUCAUGGCUGCCUCGCACAAGAUCAAGGUGGUCGCCAAGAACAUCUCCCGCAUCGCCUACAUCGCCGAGGAGGCCACCAAACACCUCGCCGAAAAGCACAAGCUGGACAAGGACCAGAUCACCUACGGACUGCCCACCGCUGACGUGCGCGGCACCGUGCUCGGCGACUCCUGCCCCGUCGAGGUCGACUUCCCCUGCCAGCCGCGCAAGUACCGCGCCUUCAACGGCUACUGCAACAACGUGCAGAACCCCAAGUGGGGCAACUCCAACACCCGCUACCUGCGCUUCCUGCCGGCCGCCUAUGGAUCGGACGGUAUCUCCGUGCCGCGCCAGGCACGCAGCGGCCAGUUCCUGCCGUCGGCCCGCUCGGUCACGCUGGCCGUCCACCGCGACGGCAAGACCACCCACCGGCACAUGAACGUGAUGGCGGCCGUCUUCGGCGAGUUCAUCUACCACGACCUCUCGCACACGCCGCAGAUGGCAGGUUUCAUCGGUCAGCGUCUGAAGUGCUGCGACGUGGAGCUGGCCAACUUCCACCCGGAGUGCUACCCGAUCCUGAUCUCGGAGAACGACCCGUUCUACGGGCGGCUGAAGCAGCGCUGCCAGGAGUACGUGCGCUCCGGGGUGGCGCCCCGCACCGGCUGCACGCUCGGACCCCGCGAGCAGAUCAACCAGGUGACCUCGUUCCUGGACGGAUCGGUCAUCUACGGCAGCAGCAAGGAGGAGAACGACGAGAUCCGCCAGUUCAAGAAGGGCCAGCUGAAGAUGCAGCAGGGCCCAUCCGGGUCCAAGGGCCUACUGUCGGCCGACCCCACCCAGCUCGACUGCAAGGCGCACCCGUCCCUCAGCUGCUUCCGCUCCGGAGAUGUGCGAGUGAAUGAGCACGCCGCCCUGGCCACCAUGCACACCCUGUUCGCCCGCGAGCACAACCGAGUUGCGCUGGCGCUGGCCGAGAUGAACCGCCACUGGACCGACGAGCAGCUGUUCCAGGAGGCGCGCCGUGUGGUGGGCGCCGAGCUGCAGCACAUCACCUACAACGAGUUCCUGCCCGUCGUCCUCGGCAGCGGCAUCGUCUCCAAGUACGGCCUGGAGGCGGAGAAGGCCGGCUACUUCACCGGCUACGACAUCAACAUCGACCCGGGCGUGGCCAACAGCGUGGCCACCGCCGCGCUCCGCUUCGUCGCCUCCAUGAUGGGCAGCAGCAUCGCGCUCCGCAACGGCGACCGCGUGACGGGCGAGCUCGACCUGACGCGCACCUUCUACGCGCCGUUCGACCUGUACGCCAAGGGCAAGAUGGACCAGGUGCUGGAGGGCCUGGUCCACGAGAAGGCCAUGGCCGAGGACGUCUUCAUCUCGGAGGCGAUGACCAACAAACUGUUCGAGGACUCGGCCGAUGGUUUCGGUCUGGAUCUAGCCGCGCAGCUGAUCCAGCAGGGCCGCGACCACGGUGUGGCCGGCUACAACGAGUGGCGCAAGUUCUGCGGCCUGGAGCGGGCCAAGUCCUUCCGCGACCUCACCGACACCAUGGAGGCAUCGGUCAUCGAGGCGCUCCAGCGCGUUUACAAUCACGUGGACGACAUUGACCUGUUCACGGGUGGCCUGGCCGAGACGGCCAACAUCGGCGCGCUGGUCGGACCGACGUUCGGCUGCCUGAUCGGCCGUCAGUUCCACUACCUGAAGCGCGGCGACCGGUACUGGUACGAGAACGACGUGCCGCCGUCCUCCUUCAGCAGAGACCAGCUGGCCGAGAUCAGGAAGACAUCGCUGGCGCGCAUCAUCUGCGACAACGCCGACGCCAUCGAGUUCAUGCAGCCGACGGUGCUGCUGCAGACAGACGAGUUCCUGAACGCGCGCAUGGACUGCUCGAAAGACAUGAUCGGCCGGGUGAACCUGGACCGGUGGCGGCAGCUGUCGCCCAACUUUGUCGUGCCCGACGAGAUGCUGCACGAGUCGAUCGAGCGCGCCAAGCGCGACCUGGGCGAGAUGCGCCACACCGAGUGGAACCUGCACGAGCACCCGGCGCCCGAGCUGCUGCGGGCUCUGGUGCGCCGGCCGCGGCAGGCCGGCGACGCCGACUCUCGAGUGUUCCAGGAGGCGCUGGCGCUACUCUUUGACUCUGUUGAGGUGGGCCAGGCGGCCUGGAGCACCCUCCGACACCACGAGGAGAAACUGUACAACGACCACCUGGCCGCCGACCCGAAAUCGGCCAUCGGCUCUGCUUACGCCUUCAUGAGACCCAAGCGGCAGGCGCAGGAUAUCUCCAACACGUCCAUGGUGCUGCAGUUCGCCUCGCAGAGAUUCGUCAACAACUUCCUCAACGGUAACGCUCUGAAGGACCGCGAGUCGGGCAGCGUGGCGCCGCGCGACAUCCACGAGCUGGUUCAGGUGCUGCCCAACAUCGACGUCUCUGACGUGAUGGAGAUCCCGAGCGUGUUCGAGUGCGACGACCAGACGCUGCCCUGCGACCACACGUCCAAGUUCCGCACCGCCACCGGCUGGUGCAACAACCUCAACAACCCCGGCUUCGGCAAGGCGGUGCGCGCCCUCAACCGGCUGGUGCGCCCCCACUACGGCGACGGUCUAAUGUCACCGCGCGACCGCUCCGUCGCCGGCAACCCCCUGCCCUCGCCGCGACUCAUCUCGGUCAACAUCCACAACGACGUCUCGGCGCCGCACGUGCGCUACAACCUGAUGGUGAUGCAGUGGGGACAGUUCAUCGACCACGACAUCACGUUCACGCCCGUCAACAAGGGCUUCGGAGACAGUAUCCUGGACUGCCGGCGGUGUGACUCUGCGCUGACCAUCCACCCCGAGUGUCUGCCGAUCCCGGUGCCCGAGAACGACCCGUUCUUCCCGCGGAGGAACGUUACCAGCGGCCAGCUCUUCUGCCUGCCCUUCACCCGCUCCAUGCCCGGACAGCUCACACUCGGCUACCGUGAGCAGAUGAACCAGGUGACAGCGUACGUGGACGCGUCUCACACGUACGGCUCGGACAAGUGCGAGCAGCGCCAGCUGCGCACGUUCAUCGGCGGCCGGCUCAACGCCACGCGCCACCCCACGCGCGGCAAGGACCUCCUGCCCCAGGAGACCGCGCACGAUAACGAGGAGUGCAAGUCCAGCUCGGGCGUCUGCUUCACCGGAGGCGACACGCGCGCCUCUGAGCAGCCGGGCCUGGCAGUGAUGCACACACUGCUGAUGCGCGAGCACAACCGCAUGGUCGACUACCUGAAGCGCAUCAACCCGCACUGGAACGACGAGCAGCUGUUCCAGAACGGCCGGCGCAUCCUGUCGGCUGUCAACCAGCACAUCACCUACAACGAGUUCCUGCCGCGCGUCCUCGGCUGGAACGCCAUCAACCUGUACGGUCUCAACCUCGACAGCGAGGGCUAUUUCAACGGCUACGACCCGUACUGUGACGCCUCCAUUCUGAACGAGUUCGCGACGGCCGCCUUCCGCUUCGGCCACUCGCUGCUGAAGCCAAAGCUGGUCCGCAUGGACAACGCAUACCAGCACACCGGGCCUGAUAUCAAGCUGAAGGACACGUUCUUCAACCCGGACCCGCUGUACGAGCCGGGUAUGAUCGACCAGGUGAUCCGCGGCCUGGCCACCACCUCCAUGGAGACGCUCGACCAGUUCAUCACCGAGGAGGUCACCAACCACCUGUUCGAGGACAAAAAGGUGCCCUUCUCCGGACUCGACCUGGUGGCGCUCAACCUGCAGCGAGGACGCGACCACGGCCUGGCGCCGUACAACCAGUACCGCUCACUGUGUAACCUGACGUACGCGCGCGACUUCAACGACCUGACGCGGGAGAUCUCCCCACCGAUCCUGGAGCGCCUGCGCAGGACCUACUCCAGCGUCAACGACAUUGACCUGUUCACCGGCGGCCUGGCCGAGACGCCGCUGCACGGAGGACUCGUCGGACCCACCUUCGGCUGCAUCAUCGGCAUCCAGUUCCGCGCGCUCAAACGCUGCGACAGGUUCUGGUACGAGAAUGACGACCCGCUGGUGCGCUUCACCGAGGCCCAGCUGGCCGAGAUCCGGAAGUCGACCCUCUCCAAGAUGGUGUGCGACAACUGCGACCAGGUGGACGUGGUGCAGCGGUCGCUGUUUGACCUGCCCGACCCCUUCCUGAACCCGCGUGUCAAAUGUGACAGCAUGAAGAGCCUGGACCUGGACCUGUGGAAGGAGCGGGUGAGCUGCUCUGUGGGCAGCCUCACCAUCGACAUCGGCUCGGCGGAGCGCGUCUCGCCCUGCGUCAUGUGCACCUGCACCAAGGAGGGCCCGGUGUGUCAGUCGCUCAAGAUCGACAACUGCUUCCACCUGGCGAACAGCUACUCGCCCGAGGACAUCCUCAACGACCACGUGUGUAAGGUGCAGUGCGCGUUCGCGUUCCGCGCGCUGCCGGAGGUGGACAGCCACCGGAACCAGCUCGGUUUCCAGUGAGGACAGCCCGCCGGCCAGUCAGCUGGAACCAGGCGGUGCUCCGCGCCGCGCCCAGAGCCGCGUCCCCGCGGCCCGCACCACAGAGAGCCGCGCGCGGCCGCCGGAGCGGCGCCAGCCGAGACAGAACUGAGUGGGCGCCAGGCGCGCCGCACUGGGCCCGGCAGCUCCGAGCCAUACACGACUCUGGGCGUCCGGGCCGCCGCGACUUAGGUAGUGACUAGUGAUCAUGGCACGGUGUGGACCAUUCCGCUCGUCUCCCGGCCGAGCGGUGUACAUUAAUCAUUACAUAUGUGUGGGAGGGCGUGCACGAGAGCGUUGUGUGCGUGAUGAUUAAGUUAACUUGCAGUAGAGGACGGAAGUAAGAGGAGCGUGUUAUCCCUCCAGCGAGUGCGGAGAGUGGAAGUGAGCGUCAUUGUGUAAUAGCGCUAUUGCGUUAUUGGUGCGGCGAGCACACGGGAACCGACGGCGUUAUGAGAUGCGCUGCUAAAAGCGCAGACGGUAUGCGUCAUGUGACUAUUCUAUGAUAGAUAAGCGGUGUACUGUUGACGAUGUAUGCAAUAUAUAUUUUCUGUCUAUCGAUGAAA